CAGAACUGUACUAGAGCAGCUGUACCUUAAACUUAUUCUUUAUAAUCUGGUGUACAUAAUUUUCGAUAGUGUUUUACCCCUCGUAAAUUAAUAAACCGGACUUUUUUUCGCGGUACUUUUAUGACAUCGGACUUUUUUUCGUGGGACUUUUAAGCCACGGUCGCAUGAUGAGAGUAGUUCGCGAUAGUCACUGGCAUGAAAGCUGCUAUCAAGAGACUGUCACCGUGUGAACAGGUCAAUAGUGACUAUCAAACUAGACAAACUAUCACGAAAUUACGAAAACGACUCUCGCACUAUCUUGCAUGUACGAUACAAGGUGGAUUUAUAAAUUUAUAAAUCCAUCUUGGCACGAUAGCUGAUAGUGAAUGUGAGUGAUAGUGAUAACACUUCACCGUGUGACUUAGAUCAUAUAUGAUUGUAUUUUUUUUUUAUAUAUGAUCUAAGCCGUGUGACGGUGUGACCUGCUACUUGCUAGUUGCUACAUCACAUUCACGCUAUCACGCACGUGGACAUGGUAGAUUUCUGUUUGGUGUUUUGUAUUUUUUAAAUUCAUUUCAAAAUGGCAGAUUUUGAUAUUGUUAGCUUUUUAGAAGAAUAUCAAAGAUAUCCAUGUUUAUGGCAUAAAAAAGAUCCGAACUAUAAACUGCGACAUAAACGCGAUGCAGCUGAGGAAGCACUGCUUGCUUUUACUAAACUACCCACUAUUAAACAACUGAGGCAAAAGAUUAGGAGUAUAAGAUGUACUUAUAAUCAAGAGGCAGCUAAAAUAAGAUCAUCUAUGGUGACAGGAUCUGGUACACAUGAUGUGUAUGUACCAAAAUUAAGCUGGUAUACAUUUGMUGACAAUUUUUUGAAAAAAAAUAAUGAUGGAGAGGGAGAAUCUGAUACAAAUUUUACAAUUUCAUCUCAAGAACUUGAAAACACUGCUUUGAAGAUGAAUAAUAGUGAUGUUUCAAAUAAUAUAGCUUCACAAAGUAUGGCACAAAAUAUGAAUCAAACAACUACAACAACUAAAAAACGUACUAAAAAACAAAGUGGUCAAACAUCUAACAAACAUUAUGAAGAAUCAUUAGAUAAAGCAGUUGAUACACUAAAAUUUGUUUGUGAACAAAAAUCAAAGACAAACGAAUUUAUWAUUUUUGGACAGCAUGUUGCUGCUCAGUUAGGAAAAUUACCWUUGGAAAAAUCAAUUUUGUUACAAGAAAAAAUUCAAAGUCUUCUAACUAAAGCUCGUUUAGACGAAAUAUCAAGAUCUGGAUCUUCUACAGCACUUUUGACUAAAAUUGUACACAAUGAGACUAACUGUGGUAAUUAUGAUUAUAAUGAAAUUGAAGAAGUUGAAGAAGAUGAAGAAGAUGAGCCACAGUUAUCCUAUGAUGACAAUGUAUCUGAGUCUGAUAAUAUAGCAGUGCACUAUAACAAUUUUAUGUGAUUUGUUUAAGUUUUUAUUUAUUUUUAUUUAGUCUGGUAGAUAGAACAGAGGCAUUUUAUUUUAUUAUAAAAGAAAACUCGUAAGUAUUAUCUGUACUGAACAAAAAAAUG